UUCACAAUCGACAUCGACAACAUUUCCGCGCUCCGGCGCCCAAAACAGCACUGACAUGCGUCUCCGUCUGCGGAUCGAGCGCAACGAGCUGCCGCCGGUGCAGGUCCUGCACGCAAUACCGCCAACGCAACAAUCGCAAACGAUUUCGCAAUUCCUCCAGUCGAUCAAUGCUCUUUUCCCUCUGGAGUCGACUACCUGGGACAUUUCGGAUUACACCGUCCUAGUCGCUGGCUACGAAGCCACACAUUACACCGAGGUAGGCCAGGCCUUCAAGGACGAAGAUGAGGUCGUGAUCAAACCGCUUGGGUUUGCGGAGCUGCGGGCUAGGACUUUGAGUGGACGUGAUCAGAUCAGCGAGGAUGGGAGACAUCUUUUGGACGGUGUGCCGUUCGGACGACCUAUGUUGAAGAGACCCAGACGUCCGGAGGUUAACAUCCCGGCGAGAAAGAGGCAGAAGGCGGAUGAGGUUGUGGAUGCACAGGCGCUGCUGCGUUUGGACGCUGAUGAUGAGGAAGAUGAUGAGGAGGAUGAUGAAGACUUUGAGGAAGCAGAAGUUGAAGAGGAUAGUGAAGAUGACGACGAGAACGGCGCGGGCGACAGCGGCGACAGCAGCGACAGCGAUUCAUCAGCCAAAGGCAGCAGCUCGGAUGGUAGUGCCAGUUCGAGCGAUGACAGCAGCGACAGUGAUAGCAGCAGCAGCAGCAGUGAGAGCGAAAGUGAGGCGUCUUGGGAUGGUUUAGAGGGGAAAGUGAGCACCGUGAAGGCAGCACCGAAACCGAACGGCACCGCUGCGCCCCAGCCUGAACAGCAACAGAACCUGCCACAUCAAGGAAAGUCGCGAACGAAGGAGAGAAACGAUCGCAAGCGAGACUCGAGAAGACUCAAGCAUCUCAAGGAGGCGGGCUUGCUACCACAGAACGCAACUCUGCAGGAUAUGCAGAAUUGGCAGAAAGAAAAGGACCUGGAUGACGAAAGCGUCACGUUGGCUGGCCAGAAGGCCAAAAUGGAGUCUGGGCGGCAGAGACUUCUCGAACAGAUCGCCUCAGGCGGCGUUGACAUUGCCAGCCCAGUACCGGCUUCUAGAGAAGAUGAUGAGCCGCCAGAGGAGCAAUCAAGUCGUCCAGUCGCGACAGCCAAAGACAUCAUGGAUGAGGCGACAAGCAGCGACGCAGCCAGCACGCAGAUCAUUACGGAAGCACAGCAGGCGGCGGACACAACGCCGGUGAAAGCGAAGACCAAACGAGAAGCAGACACUGAUGCAGAUCAAUCCCCAGCAUCAAAACGCGCACGUUUGGACACAAGAAGCAUGAACCGUCUUGUAUUUGGUUCACUUGGCCUUCGUACGCCCAAGACCCAGGAAGAGCGCGACGCGCUUCAGAAGAAGCUAUCUACGCGUCCCACACGCGCAGGCGCUGCUACAGCUCCUGCUGAGGCAAUGACAGAGCCGACACCUCAAGCUGACGAAGCUCCGGACUCAUGGCGGGAGAAAGUCGUACUCACUGCAGUGGAGUGCGUAGAUGAGAAUGUCACGCUCUCCGAACCGCCCUUCCCUUUCCAGCAACGGUGGGACCCACAGUACCAAUUCAGUGCAAAGCAGCGAAAGCGGUCCAGAGCCCGAAAACCCAAUGCACAGACCAAUGGCGAAUUCAUCGAGACGUAUGACAAAUACAAUCAGAACGGUGGAGGAGAUGCACUGGACUACGAUGACCCAAAAGACGACCAGGAAGGUGAUGAUUCGUAUUGGGAAGAAGGUGCGCUGCUGGACAACGGUGACGAAGCGGAGGGUUCCGACGACGAGUUCCCUCCAUUGCCGGCUGAUCACGCAUCGCUGCCCAGUCUUGUCGAGGCUGACGCUAAGGUCGGAGACUUCAUCACAUACCAGGAGCUUGCGGUGUCUGCCGCUACGGGCUGGGAACCCAAGGUUGUGGCACAGAUCGCGAAGCUCGAAGCGAAGACGGAUGAUGGUUUUUGGACCCUAAUGCUCAGACAGAGCCGGCCCAAGGAAUACGAUGAGAACGGAAAUCGCAUUUACACCAAGUUCGAGAUGGAAGACUUCAGCGAAGACGGCACCGAGACCGAUUCCAAGACUUUAUCAUGGGUGGAGCUGCAGAAUCCAAAGCUCCUGCUGCGGUCUGUCGACACAAAGGCAUCCUAGGAAGAAGCUAAUAGCGUGCGAGCACGAGGUAUAAGACGUAUCCCCAUGGCUAGCGCAGCAUCAGCAGUCGGCAAGUCAGAGCAUUCUAUCGCGAAAUUGGAAAAAGGACCGCAAUACACUGAAAUUGUCGAGGUGGAACCGCGAGAGAAGCAAGAUCGCUCGAUCCAUGACUCGCGACAACAUGUGCGUCGUGGCUACGAAGAAACCAGGUAAGGUGCACCGUUCUUCUUGCAAACCGCAACUUCUAUUCUAUGGUCAGCGGUUCUUGUCUUGCGAGUAGGCAUCGGUUCCAGCAGACGUUCGUACCCGCUGUAAAGCAUCGCCAGAAUGCCGGACGUAUACAUGCAACGAACACGGACGAGAGUCUAAACCGGAGAGUGACGACAGCUCGCGUAUCUGGAGACCUGUUCGACUUGUGGCUGCGCGCUAUGCAGGUCUGUCCUUGAGCAACCUGCAUCCUAUCACGAAGACAGUCAACUUAUCAUGGCUAUUGUGCGUGCUAAACUGUCGAAUAGUCAGUCGGUGGCUCAUAUCGUCAAUGUUGAACCUCCUCC